UGCCUGGUGGUAGCGUUUUGCAGGAGGGCGUUCGGUCUCAGAUAGCGGCCACUUCAGAAAAGGCGUUUGUUGUUAUUUUCUCAUUUUGGACGGCUUUGCUCUGUUUCGUAUCUGAAGGGGUUACAGUGGCGUAUUUUUCUUACGUUAUAGUAUUUAAAGUGAGGGCCUGUCACUGAAAAGUGGGUGUCUACUCACUGGUGUUAGAGACAGCGGCGAGUGCAGCAGUGUGUCCCCGAUGGCUGGGUGGAAGGACGGCUCGGUGCAGGAGAAGUAUCGGCUGGUUGUGGUUGGAGGUGGUGGUGUCGGGAAAUCUGCACUAACUAUCCAGUUCAUCCAGUCGUACUUCGUCACAGACUAUGACCCCACCAUCGAAGACUCGUACACCAAGCAGUGUGUCAUUGACGAGAGGCCGGCUCGGCUAGACAUUUUGGACACGGCGGGCCAGGAGGAGUUUGGGGCCAUGCGAGAGCAGUACAUGAGGACCGGAGAGGGAUUCCUACUCGUCUUCUCCGUCACCGACAGGGGGAGUUUUGAAGAGAUCUACAAGUUCCAAAGACAGAUCCUGCGGGUGAAGGAUCGGGACGAGUUUCCUAUGAUCCUCGUGGGCAACAAGGCAGACCUGGAGCUGCAGAGACAGGUGACUCAGGAGGAGGGCCAGCAGUUGGCGCGGCAGCUGAAGGUGACGUACAUGGAGGCCUCGGCCAAGAUCCGCAUGAAUGUAGACCAGGCCUUCCAUGAGCUGGUUAGAGUAAUAAGGAAGUUCCAGGAGCAGGAGUGCCCGCCCUCGCCAGAGCCCACGCGCAAGGAGAAAGACAAGAGUGGCUGCCAUUGUGUCAUCGUCUGAUUGGCGCACAGGACUGCCAAUCAUCCAGCUGCUGUCACGAGAUCCCUCCCCCCCCCUACCUUUUCACAGUACCCGCUCCCCACUCCCCCUCCACACACACCCCUGCCUUCUGACAUCACAUCCUGUUGGGGAUGACCGCUGCCUUUCUUUCUACACAUGCGUGCAUGACUUAAGAUGGCAGUCCUUGCUAAAGGCCUUAUGAGGGUGGGUAGCCCCUCACAGGGGGAGGUGUCCACUGUACACCCCCACCACACAGACCCCACCACCCACCACCCACCACCAUGGAACUUCACUACUACAGGAACCAAACUGACAGUCAACAAAACAACAAAAACAACAAAACGAAAAGAAAACAAGUGUGAGAAACACACCUUUUUUGUAUUGAACUCACCACUGCUCACCA